AUAGAAACAUCGAUAUUUCGAUUGUGUUAUCGAUGUUUCUCCAACUCUGCUAAAUGCUUCCUCUUUUCUUUGAUGUCUUGUGAAUGACAUCGUUUUGCUGUAAUAAUUAAAACGGCAUAAGCAGAAGUAAAAAACAUGUCACGUUUCUUUGCCAACGGUUCAGACUCGGAAUCCGAGUCCAGCGAGGAGGAGGUUCAGUUGCAGAACUACAACAAAGCCGCCAACUUUCAAUUCAGUGACGACGAGGAGGAGGUAAAACGUGUGGUGCGCUCCACCAAGGAGAAGCGAUAUGAAAACCUAACAGGCAUCAUUAAGACGAUACGCAACCACAAGAAGAUCAAAGAUAUACCGAAUACGCUAAGCAGCUUCGAGGACUUGACGCGCGCCUACACAAAGGCGUUGCCGGUCAUCUCGAAGGAGGAGAACGGUAUUACGCCGCGCUUCUACAUUCGCUGUCUUGCCGAACUAGAGGAUUUCAUCAACGAAGUGUGGGAGGAUCGCGAGGGUCGCAAAAAUCUCUCGAAGAACAACUCGAAAUCGCUGGGCACACUACGUCAAAAGGUGCGCAAGUAUAUCAAGGAUUUCGAGGAUGAUUUGGCGCGUUUCCGUGAAGCACCCGAUCAGGAAAGCGAUGUCGAGGAGGGCGACGGUGACGCACACGACAGUGAUGCGGAUCGCGAUGGCGCCGACAGCGAUGCUGGUGUUGUUGGCACCGGUAAGCUGCCCGAUCAGCCCAAGGCUGCCAAGACGGCGCCGUCGAAGGCGAUUGCCGAUGACGAUGAUGAUUCGGAUGAUUCAAUUGACUGGGACUCCGACACCGAAUCGGAGACGGAGUCGUCCGAGGAUGAGAAUCAAUACCAGAACAUGCGUGAGCGUUUCUUGAAGCGCACCACCGAAAAGGAGGAUAAGGACGAUGAUAAACGCAAGGACAAGCGCAAGGAGCAGAAGCACAAGGUACGUAAACGUGCCGAAGAUGAUGAGGAUGGCGAAUGGGAGACCGUUGUCAAGGGCAAUGUUGUUGAGAAGCCAAAAAUGUUUGAAAAGGAUGCCGAAAUCGACAUUCCUCUGGUGCUGGCAAAACUCGUCGAGAUUAUGUCUGCCCGUGGCAAGAAACGCACUGAUCGUCGCCUGCAAAUAGAUUUGUUGUUCGAGCUGCGCGACAUCUCCGAGCAGCAUGAGCUGGGUACACCAAUUAGUGUCAAGAUUCACUUUAACAUCAUUUCGGCCAUCUUCGAUUACAAUCAAAAGAUUUCGGAGCCCAUGAAGCUGGAGCAUUGGGCACUGUUGCUGGAGGUGAUGCAAAGCAUGCUGAAAUUGCUGCUCGCCAAUCCUGAUAUCAACAUGAACGAAAGCGUUGCUGAAGAGCACGAGGAAUACAGCGCUGCACCGUAUUUCAUUCGCGGUUGUCCUUUGGCUGCCGUUGAGCGAUUGGACGAUGAGUUCACCAAGCUGCUGAAGGAGUGCGAUCCGCAUUCCAACGAUUACGUGUCGCGUCUUAAGGACGAAAUCAAUGUGGUGAAGACCAUUGAACUUGUCGUUCAAUACUUCGAACGCUCCGGCAGCAACAACGAACGUUGUCGCAUCUAUCUGCGGAAGAUCGAACAUCUAUACUAUAAGUUUGAUCCCGAGGUGCUGAAGCGCAAGCGUGGCGAGCAACCAGCUGCAGGUUCUGCUCCCUCCUCGGUGGAGGUGAUGGACAAGCUGUGCAAGUUCAUUUAUGCCAAGGACGACACGGAUCGCAUACGUACGCGUGCCAUAUUGGCGCACAUCUAUCACCAUGCAAUGCACGACAAUUGGUUCCAGGCACGUGAUCUGGUGCUGAUGUCGCAUCUGCAGGAUAACAUUGAUGCAGCGGAUCCAUCAACACGCAUUCUCUACAAUCGCAUGAUGGCCAAUUUGGGUCUGUGCGCCUUCCGACAGGAGAACGUCAAGGAUGCCCAUCAUUGUCUCGUCGAUCUAAUGGUUACCGGCAAGCCCAAGGAAUUGCUCGCCCAGGGUCUUUUGCCGCAGCGUCAACACGAACGUUCUGCGGAGCAGGAGAAGAUUGAGAAGCAACGUCAAAUGCCAUUCCAUAUGCACAUCAAUCUCGAACUGCUCGAAUGCGUCUAUCUGGUGUCGGCGAUGCUCCUCGAAAUCCCCUACAUUGCUGCCCACGAGUUUGAUGCACGCCGUCGCAUGAUCAGCAAAACGUUCUACCAGCAGUUGCGUUCUUCAGAGCGUCAAUCUCUGGUGGGACCACCAGAGUCAAUGCGUGAACAUGUCGUCGCUGCUGCCAAGGCAAUGCGUUGUGGAAAUUGGCAGGCUUGUGCCAACUUUAUUGUGAACAAGAAGAUGAACACCAAGGUAUGGGAUCUGUUCUAUGAAUCGGAACGUGUGCGUGAAAUGCUGGUCAAAUUCAUCAAGGAGGAAUCGUUGCGUACUUAUCUGUUUACGUACUCCAACGUGUACACCUCCAUCAGUAUACCUUCAUUAGCCCAAAUGUACGAUCUACCAUUGCCCAAGGUGCACUCGAUCAUCAGCAAAAUGAUCAUUAAUGAAGAGCUUAUGGCCAGCUUGGAUGAUCCCAGCGAAACGGUUGUCAUGCAUCGUUCAGAGCCAUCGCGUCUACAGGCUUUGGCUAUGCAAUUCGUCGACAAGGUGACCAAUCUGGUGGAUGUCAACGAGAAGGUGUUCGACAUGAAGCAGGGCAACUUCUUCCAGCGCGGCAAUAUGGGUAAUCGCGAUCGUGGCUACAAUCGCAACCAGAACAACCAGGGUGGCAACUGGGGUGGCCAGCGUCGUCGUCCGCGUGGUGGACACCACAAACAACAGCAGCAGCAACAGCAGCAACAACAGACCAUCGAGGAAGAGUAGACGCCACACGUCGAUCAAUCACACUAACAUCCGCAGCCCACAAACAAAUCCAUUGCAAUGGCUCAGGAAUUGAGAUGGCAAUUGAGAUGGACGAAGAGAAUUACAACUACUGCUAACAAUAACUGUGACCAGGCCUCCGAUUCAGUGUCAUCUUUGAAGCUGAAUCGGAGGUCUGCAUUCUCUUCCAGCACCGAUUUUCAAUUACUCGCUGUACUGUGAAUUUGUUUUAACGCUCAUUAUGCUUAAAAAGAAGAAAACUAUUGAUAAAUGCAUUUUGUGUGAACUUAAAUCUUAAAGUGCGAAAGUCUAUGAUUAAAAUAAACUGUAAAAGAAACUACAACAAAAACAAAGAAAACAACAAG